GAACCUGGAGUGAACAUUCAAUUUGAAGGACACCACCAAGCUCCAGUGACAGCCAUUGCAGUUCCGAACGCAGAGGAUCCCCUGAAUGAUGGAAACAUCUACCUUACAACUUCAAUGGACUGCACAGCGAAGCUCUGGUCCCGAACUGAACGUCUUCCACUUGUCUCCUUUGAGGAGCGCUCUGAUUAUAUCCUCAAUUGCGAUUGGUCACCCUCACAUCCCGCUCUCUUUGCAACAGUUGACCUCGGUGGUCAUCUUGAUAUCUGGAAUCUUAUUAUGAAUAGUGAAGUGCCAACAGCCUCAACAAUCCUAAACAAUGAAGCUUCACCCAACUGUUGCAAAUUUGAAAAGAAGGGCUCCCAUAUUGCCGUCGGCGAUGACAGUGGACGAACUCGAAUUUUCGCCAUUAAUGACAAAAUUGCACUGGCCAGGGGUGAAGAAUGGACGGUGUUCGAGCAGCAGUUACGCCAACUCAAAGAUGCAGCUGUACGUGAACAGAAAACUGAUUCUCUUAUGCGUGACUUUGCUUUCUCCGACAUUUAA